AUGGUCAUCUGCAAAAGUACCUCGGUUGAAUUCGACCCCGAACGAGACAUUCCCAACCUUGAGGGCAAAAUCAUCUUGAUUACUGGUGCGAAUUCGGGUCUGGGUAAACAAAGCGUCCUGGAGUUUUCGCGACAUGGUCCGGCACAGAUAUGGCUCGCCGCACGAAACCUCGAAAAGGCCCAAGCCGCAGCAAACGAUAUCAAGCAGCAAGUUCCCGGCGCUCCCAUCAAGCUUCUUGAACUCGACCUCGGAUCUUUCGACUCCAUAAAAAGGGCCGCCGACACUGUGCUCUCGGAAACAGGGCGCCUCGACGUCUUGAUGCUAAAUGCCGGCAUCAUGGCAACACCGCCUGGAAUGACCAGCGAGGGCUACGAGGUUCAGUUCGGGACCAAUCAUAUGGGACACGCGCUUCUCACGAAACUUCUUCUUCCGCUGCUCCAAAAGACGGCAAGAAGCGAUUCCAACUCUGAUGUACGGGUCAUCUCGUUGUCUUCCUAUGGUCAUGCAUAUGCCACCAAAGGAGGGGUUCAGUACGACAGCCUCAAGACGGAGGCAGAGGCGCUAGGUCCUUACGGACGCUACUCUCAAAGCAAGUUGGCAAACGUGCUAUGGGCAAGGCAGCUGGCAAAGGAGUACCCGGAUAUCACCGUCGCGGCCGUCCACCCCGGUGUUGUCAGCACCAACUUGGCAGCCGGCACGACUGGGUCGCCCAAAGUCGUGCAGUAUCUGAUGCACUUUGCGAAUCGGUGGCUCGUCAACUCCGUCGAGAAGGGCGCACGUAACCAGCUGUGGGCUUCCAUUUCAAAGGAAGUCCAGAGUGGAGAAUACUACGAGCCUGUUGGAGUCUCGGGAGUUGCAAGCAAGGACGGACAGGAUGACCUGUUGGCGAAGGAACUUUGGGACUGGACUGAGGCUGAGCUCCAGGCGCAUGGAGCCUGA